AAGAAACGGAGUGAGGGGUUGCUGGAGGAAGAAGGGUUGAGGAGGAAGACAGAGUGUUUGGUUAGGAGAAUAAGAAGUGUUUGAUUGAGUUUCAAACAGGUGGAAUAAUUUUAUUGGGCCACAUAAUUAUUGAAGACAAGUAUUAUCCCCGUUAAUUAUUGAAGACAAGAAGUGUAUGGCUGAAACUAGCGAUAGAAUGAAACAGCUGCACCGUCUCUGCAGUUGACAAAGACGGGCAUGGACGUCCACCUGGACUCUUAUCCUUUUUCAUCGCUCAUUUGCUAUACAUCUAUAUAUACAUCAGAAGUGUAGUCACUCUAUGUGCACAGAGUGGGAAUUUACUUAAGCUCAUUGGAUAAUAGCUGCAGCUUACUUAUUUUUGCAGAUUGCCACUACUCGAUCGACCAGGAUUAAACAUGGCAGCUACAGUUGUUUCUAGUGUAAUUGCUAAUCUUAAGGUUCUUAGUCAUGAUAAUUAUGAAGAUUGGAGUUUCCACUUUAAAACCUACUUGUUGGCUGAAGAUCUUUGGGAGGUUGUGGAAGAGACCUCUGAACCUCCUAGACAAGAAGAUGGUGAAGCGGAAUUUUUGGUUUGGAGGAAGAAUAACGCCAAGGUUUUACAUGCAAUCCAUACUUGUUGCGGAGAUGAUACUCAUUUUAUUAUCCGGGGCAUUAGCUCGGCCAAAGUCGCCUGGGAUACUUUGGCUGAAAAGUUGAAGCCGACCGAUCAAGCCUUGGAAAACACAGAGGAUGUGCCUUUGAUGGCACAUGAAGAGCUGAAUACCGGUCUGACGCGGAAUGAGGUCUACUUCAAAUUUGGGUUUUAUUGGAUGUUUACAAUGAAAUGGGUUUUUGUCAAGGAAAUAAGUGUUGCAUGGACUUAUAUCUAAAGAACCCUAAAACUAAUGGCGACUUCAACGAUUUCCCCCACCAUCAACCCUUGAUUGAUGCUGUUGCAAAAGGUGACUGGAGUUCUGCAAAGAAGUAUCUUACUAUGCAUCCCGACGCAAUCAGAGAAAGAGGUUCAUUAUCAGGCUUGACAGCUCUUCACAUGGCAGUUUCAAUGGGAAACGAAUAUAUGGCGAAAGAAGUAGUGGGGUGGAUGACAAAGGAAGACUUGGAAAUAGAAGACGCUAAUGGUGUCACAGCUAUAGCUUUAGCUACGCUAAUAGGACUCGAAGUGGCUAGAUGCAUAAUCGAAAAAAACAAGAGAUUACUUUGCAUACCAUGCAAUCUCCAGAAUAUGAUCCCACUGAUCAUGGCUUGUCAUGGCGGCCACUGGGGAUUGGCUCGCUAUCUCUAUUCAGUUACUCCAUUGGAAGCUUUGACGUCGACCCAAGAUAACUGUCGGACUGGUGCUGAUCUUAUUUCCCACUGUUUUAGCUCCAAAGAACUGGAUAUUGCAUUGGAUCUAAUUCAGCGUUGUCCAAACUUGGCCUUUGCCACAAACUCUACUGGGAAAACACUUUUAGAGGAAUUGGCUUGUAUGCCCUCUCUCUUUUUAAGUGGAACACGUCUCAGAUUCUGGCAACAAUGGAUCUAUAAUCGUAUACAAAUACGACAUGCUUCUGAGAUCCGUGAUGUUCGUAUAGAUGUUCAAAAACAAGCCAAUGACCCGGUUAAUGAUCAAAAGGAUCUCAUAAUUCGCUCAGUUAUGGCUUUACCGCGAGGGCUUGUCUCAAAUCUCCGGAAACUUUUCGGAAUCGAUCACAUGUACAAAAUGAAACAGAUCCAUGUCCAAUCCCUUGAAGUUUUACAAGGCAUGUGCAAAAUGACAGAAGGUGUAAGCCUUAAACAAAUGCAAGGAAGUUCCGUACAAACAGCACUCUUCAAAGCUGUUGAAUAUGGGAAUGAUGAGUUUCUUCGUCAGCUGUUUACAGCAAAUAUCCUAGCUUUAGGGAUAUAUGACGAAAAUGCAAAGGGCAUGUUUCAGUUUUCCAUUGAAUGCCGUCAAGAAAAAGUCUAUAACUUUUUUCAUGAAUUUAUCCAAAUCAUGAAUGUUCGUACUGAAUCCAGAGUAGAUAAGUUCAACAAUACUUUACUACAUUCAGCAGCGAGGUUAUCCCCACCUGCACAGCUUAAACAUAUCCAAUGUGCAGCACUGCAAAUGCAAAGAGAAUUACAAUGGUUUAAGGAGGUGGAGAAAAUUGUACCUUCCAAGUUUCUUGAAGUUGUUAACCAUCCAGAUGGUAUGACCGCCCGCGAUCUAUUUACUAAGAACCACAAGGAAUUGGCAAAAGAAGGUGAAAGAUCAAUGAAAGCAACUGCAACUUCUUGUACGGUUGUAGCUGCUCUUAUUGUUACAAUCAUGUUUAUUGCAGUAUUCUCAGUUCCUGGUGGGAGCAAAGCAGGCUUUCCAGUCUUCCUAAAUAAAAGGAUAUUUAUGGUCUUUAUAGUUGCGGAUGUCUUUUCACUUUUUUCUUCCACAACUUCAGUCCUGACAUUUUUAGGAAUUCUUAACUCGCGUUAUGCUGAAAAUGAUUUUCUUAAAUCACUACCAACAAAAAUGAUGAUAGGCCUUUUCACCCUCUUCUCCUCUAUCGUUGCCAUGAUGAUCGCGUUUUCUUCAACCCUUUUUCUUAUGCUGGAAGCAAAAAAGUGGAUGGUGUAUCCAAUGAUUUUACUUGCUAGUGUUCCGGUUGUCUCCUUUGUAUGGAUGCAAUUUUCCCUUCUUGUUGAGAUCUUCAUUUCUACUUACGGAGCUGGAAUAUUUUUGAUCAAACAAAAAAGCAAACAUUGGUCUUUCAGUUCGUCUUAAACUGUUUACUCAUUUUGCGUUGAUAUUUGCUUCUGUCACUUUUGAGGAAGUUUUUAGGAUUUGUUUAAAGAAUAAUGAUAAAGGAUUUCUGCACUCUUUAUGUUUUUGGGCCUAAGGCAUGUAUAAUGUAUGUGUUCCGGAUUCGGUAAUAAACUCCAACUUCAAGAAUGUUUAGUAUUUUAACCCUGUAUUUAUGUUA